CUCUUGCGGCAUUUUUUUUUCACCUCAAGUGUGUUUGUCGGCAAAUUUGUAAAUAAUUGUAACAUAAAUCUCUAACAAUUCCAAUAAAUUAAUCAAACAAUAUGGAUGUGCGACCGAAUCAAACGAUUUACAUUAACAAUCUAAAUGAAAAGAUCAAAAAGGAGGAGUUGAAAAAGUCCCUGUACGCUAUCUUCUCUCAGUUUGGUCAAAUCCUUGAUAUUGUGGCGCUGAAAACGUUGAAGAUGCGUGGUCAGGCAUUUGUCAUAUUUAAGGAAAUUGGCAGCGCUUCAAAUGCCCUUCGGACAAUGCAGGGUUUCCCCUUCUAUGACAAACCCAUGCGCAUUGCAUACUCCAAAUCCGAUUCGGAUAUUGUGGCCAAGCUGAAGGGCACAUUCAAGGAGCGUCCCAAGAAGGUGAAAGUUACAAAGGUGGUGCCUGGAACAGAUGACAAAAAGGACAAAAGAAAGAAGCCGGCUAGUACAGAAAAUGCAGCUCCCAGCACACAAACCGAGCAGCCGCCAAAUCAAAUUCUAUUCCUUACUAACCUGCCGGAGGAGACAAAUGAGAUGAUGUUAUCCAUGUUGUUUAAUCAGUUCCCUGGAUUCAAGGAAGUGCGUCUUGUACCCAAUCGCCAUGACAUUGCCUUCGUUGAGUUCACCACAGAAUUGCAGAGUAAUGCUGCCAAGGAGGCAUUGCAAGGCUUCAAGAUCACUCCAACGCAUGCCAUGAAAAUAACUUUUGCCAAGAAGUAAUCUAUCUCCCCAUCCUACACAAACACACACACACAAACAAAUUACUAUAUUAAUAAUAAUUGUCGAAGAAGCGCCCCCCUCACAUUGCUUUGUGCGAUUCAAAGGUUUUAUUUUGAAUGAACAAGGCAAACGAUGUCAUUUUUUCUAAUUUAAAAUAGAAUAAACCAAAUGAAUGAAAGAAA